GUAAACACCUAUUCAGAGAAUUUUAUCCAUCACAAUGAGAUUAACUUUGUAGUUUUAUAAAUGCAGAACGUUAUUUAUGUUGUAGUGACUGCUUAUUACCAAGAUGCAAGGAAACAAAAAUUCGCCUUUUUUUCCAAAAUUUGCUCAGAGCGCUUUAUGUAAGUCAUACAUAGACUAAAUCACCAACAGCCAUGCACCCACAUUCGCACAUAGCAGCCACGCUCACUUGUACAACAUUCACUCACUCAUACACACAGUACACGACAGACACCCGUCCUGCACGCUCAUGGUCACGAGGCACAGGAUGCUUGUUAGAGCAUUAUUAUCGCUACGAUCGUCACGAACAUCCACAACACCAUAGCUUGUCUACACCGGGACUGUGCAUCAUAGCAAGGAAAAUGGCUCACUCAUGCCAUCAACUUCUGCUGGACAAGUGGCCCAGAAUAAGUUACCCAUCAAAUUCUCCUGGCCACGUUAUCCUAAAAUUACCCUGUCCAAGCUACCCGUUAAAUAAGUUAUGCUGGCAAAGUUACCCGCUAAAUAACUUUUUCCUACCCAAGGUACCGUUGUUACCCUGUCCAAGCUACAUGUGAAGGUCUCCUGGCCAGGAGUUACUCUUUUUAAAUUACUCGUUAACUAAGCUCUCCUGGGUAAGUAAUUACCCGUUAAGUACGUUCCUUGCCCAAGCUACCCGGAAUGGCAUUAAUGGAGGGAUUUGUGAUCGAUAUCGGGGUGGGUUGGUGGGGAUAUAAUACAGGCAGUUGUCGACUUUUAUCAAACGGGCACAGAGGUGACAUUGUCCCUUGGUUGACACUGAGGUUGUCACCGUCUCCUCCACACUGUCUCCGCACACACGCACGCAAGCACACAAAUAUAUGUCGAAAGAGUACGUGUCUCUCAGGGCAUUGUAUAUAUAUGUGUGUGUGUGAGACAGAGAACUAGAGAAACUGUGUAUCCGUGUGAGGCCUGUAUGUUUGUGUGUGCGUGCAUACAUGUAUAUUUUUCUGUACAGCUAUGCAUGUUUGUAUGUGCCUGGCUGUAUGUAUGUAUCUUAAGUAAGCGUGUUUCAGAGAAACCCCACGUUCAAUAUAAUCUCUCACUUGAAAGGCACCUUUCCCACCUACGUACCCGACCCACGUAUCCACCCUUUUCAAGUGGGGUGCCUUACGAUACCUUUAUUCAAGUGGCUCAUAUUCAGUCGCACAAUGGAACAACGCACACCACAAAUGUCUACCGCUUACACAUCGUAAGUACAAACACCAACAACGGUUUGUUGCUUGAACCCUUGGCUACAUUUAUGCUAAUGUUGUUUACAGUUAUAUUACCUGCUACCUUGACGUCAGCCAUACUACAAUAGUGUUCUCGCUACACCGCUUUAUUUACCUUUUAUGACCCUAGAUUUGUUAGCCUUAUUUAUGUCCCCCCUAACAUCGUUCAACAGACUCGGUGUAAACUUGAGCAAUUCAACCUGGAGUGUGGACGAAAAAGGUUUGUUUCAUGAAAAAAAUAAUUCUUCCUUGGAAGCGCAUUGGCUGAUUAAAAAUAUUAUUUCUCAACAGAAUGAAAAGGGGUCGCAAACGUGUGAGCUUCCUGUUAAUAAUAGGCCAUCUCACCGUCGCACAGUGUAAAGGAGAGUAAUGUAGCCGUAUAACCGCUGUGUUGCUGUGUGGAGGCCGCUGACUCAACAAGGAGCGAAAAAUCCUUUGAGCGUCUGGUUCACCGAGGACAGCUACGUCGACCUCCGACCUCUGAACCCUGUACAAACUAUUGCCAGCAUCACAAACCUGUUACAAACACGUUAGUGAUUCCGAUGGCGCACCAGUCUACUGCCACAUGACCAUGCACAAAGUGAAAGACAGAACAACAGGUGGCUGGAUCAGAAUUGUUCUACAUCAACUACACGACAGCCUCUUGGCACAGCAACAUGGCAGAACGGAGGACUCAGAGUGCAAAGGCAACCACACAAACAGACGAACGUGUGGAGGAAGUGGUCAGGUUUCUGCAGGAGGUAAGCCAGUGUCGAGACUCGGAUGCUACCAAGAAGUGCUUCGCUCAACAUGCACGGAGCCAGUUCCCAGACAUCGGCAAAGCGGCCAUCACUGUACAUCCUUACUUCCAGUGCUGCAGCGAUAAAUUCGAGGAAGUAGAUGGAUUCUAUUGCAUCAAGUCCUGCCAAGAAAGCGACAAAAGAGGAGAUGCCGCACAUCUCCAAGUCUUCAUGACUUUUAGGCUUUUCAACGACAGAUUAGAGAGAAAUAAGGAGCCAGCAAUGUUUCUGAUGUUGGGAAUUCACUCCGACAACAUCUUGGCCUGGUUGAGACAGGACACGGACGUUUGUAAAGUAACCGGAAGAAAAGAAAUACAACAGAAUAUUGAACAAGUGAGAAGAUUCGUCCGUAUCCUGGGCUUGCAGAAUAGAAGGAACGCACCUGAUCUCAUUGCACUACACAGAGAUCGGAUCGUCUUUGUAGAGGUGAAAAGCGUUGGGUUGGCGACGACACCUACACCAAAAGACAUCGACGACGCGAUAAUAAAAGCUGAAAAGCAGCUCAACGAGGGAGUACAACUUUUUCAAGAAAUCAUGAACACCCAAGAGAAAUGUCACGUGGUAAAAGUCAUCGCCCUUCCAGGAGUCGCUAGCAAGGUGUUGUGUACCCGACCGUUAAGCAAGGAUGUUACCUUUCUGUGCCAAGACCACCUCUUGAAAUUCGAUAUUCAAGUUCCAGAAGCAGAAACAGACCUGAGCGCUUUUCGUCAAUGGUGGGGAAACCUUCUCUACACGAAUGUUGACAGUCAGUUUCUGCAGGAAAUUGUGGGAAAGUAUGUGGGGCUGUUGUCAACUCCUGUGAUCAUCAGAGACGGUAACGUGGCUCACCUGGAUCGUCACCCGAAGGAUGGCAUCAGUCAAAUCCAGCGUCGUUUUCAGAGGAGGAUUCUGACACAGGAACAGAAAAAGGCUCUAGAGCAGUUCAAAGACAAAAGCCGCGUUUACCUGAAGGGACCCGGAGGAUCGGGAAAGACGUUGAUACUGAUUAUCAUGGCCAGAGAAUUUCUAAAGCGACCGGACAAUCACGUGAUCGUCGUUAACAUGAACCGCGGCGCCAAAGGCUUGUGUAUCGGCAAAUACGUCUUCGAGCAAAUCAAGGUUCAGGUCAAAGAUCAAGUCAAGGGUCAUGACAGGCGCGUUUACGAGAUUUGCAUUGACAUUGGUCAUCACAACUACAGAGAAAAUUUUGUCUCGGAUGUAUGUAAAGCACUUCCUGAAAAAACCGACAUGAAAAAAGCGCUUUUUAUCGCAGACGAGGUUCACGUUCACAUCUUUUGGUCAGACAUUAUGAAAACGUUCCAGAACGACUUUAAAGAAUCUACCCUGUUGUGUGCGGGUUUCUUCAGCGAGAAACCCGAGACUUUUGACGAGCUUUGCCUUAAAGUUGUGACGCGCUGCCCCCCUGCCGUGCAGCAUCUGCUGUACAGCGUGGAUUGGAAAGAAGACAGACGGUCGUGCUACGCUCCUGGGUUCACUUGGCAGACUGAGAUCCUGCUUAACGGGCCUCUCCCACUGUGCAUCCGGCACAAGGACCAUCAGACAGGGGGCACUGUCCUCGAAUGCGAGCAGUGUGCCCAGGAAUUGGCUCAGGUGCUGAAGGAGCUCACUCCCGACAUUUUCAGUCGCCGCCCUUCGUCAGCACCUCCCGCCAAAGGUCACGACCUCCACUCCAGUACUAGUGCUGCGUUGCUAGUCAACAUUCCUCGCGAUGUGUAUAGAGACAACGGCAACUUUCCACAGUAUAAAGACAUUAGCAAAGAAAAAUAUGAGGAGCAUAUGAAGAAGAUAGGACGAUGUCCUUUCGUAUGGAACCUUCGUCAGAAUAAUAUUAAUGUAACAGUGGACGAAGAACUUGGCAGCAGAAACCUCGACACUGACAAGAGAGGCGUGCUGACCACCUGGGUGUACAAUUUCCUUGGUCUAGAGUGUGGCGUGGUCAUUUUUCUUCCGGGAGACUUUCCUUCCCGUCCAGCAGCAGAAGUCGAUGUCUCCAAGCAGACGACAGAGCGGGUUAGAGAUAUACCCGCUCCAGGUGUGAAUCCUCGGAAGGAUGCCGCAUCAGGUAGAAACCAGAUGACGCCGCCCUUCGAAGUAACUCAGCGACUGGAAGAGACCUCGGAGACAGGGGAUAAGGAAGCAGCUAGCGGAGGAAGAAGAGGCGGAGAAGGAUCCGAAGUAGGAGAGAGAGAAGGAAGAGAAAAAGUGUGUUUACCGGAACUGCACUGGCGACGUGAUGACUUGGCGAGAUACAGCGACUGGGACAAGACCAACAUGGUGCUGGCGGGCUCCAGGUGCUUGUCACAACUCAUUCUCCUUGUGCCAUAGCAACAUAAAGAUGACUGUCAUGUCAUAGCAAGAUGAUGACUAUUACUGUGACACAGUAGUAUAAAGAUGACUGUCAGUAAUUGAACAAGACGGUCAAUAUAAGAGGCACUCGAGGGCUUGACACUAAAGUGAACAGAGGAAAAACUGGCUUUCAAAUGUGAUGGUGUAAAUUUGCAGCUUCAUGCAGGACCUGGUCACUUCCACACAGAGCCACAGUGACAAAAACUGUUCUGAGUUGUCUUACUGCUUAUGUGUUGGUGACCCGCCUUACAUCUUCUCUACGCGGGCGACUUGUGGCUUCUUUUUAUUCGCUCUCGCGUUCUUUGGUCCCGUUAAACGGACUUUUGGUCCAAAUAGGCGAAUAAUAUUAAGCUUUUGUAAUAGGACCGUGUGUGUGUGUGUGUGUGUGUGUGUGUGUGUGUGUGUGUGUGUGUGUUAGAAUUUGGUCCAAUUAAAGCGGCUGGUCCACUUAACGGUCUUAACCGGAUUCGACUGUAUUUUGCUCAAAUAACUUGCUUUUGUAUCCCAUGCUCCAAGCAGUUUUCGUCUCUGUUAUAUAUUAUAUCAUUUAUUCUAUUCUUCCUUCUAAGCGAGUAUUUCUGUCUUCUUUAAAGUUUUUACUGGUCUCUUGAACCUCACUAUUUACCGUCUGUUAAUCUGUGUUAUUGACAGUCUUUUGACCCAUGUUACUGGUCCAUUUUAGUAGAGUAUGUCUAAUUCUCUUGUCAUUUUCGUUCAGAAAUCUGCGACUUAAAAAAAAGAAGAUAUCUAAGACAAAGGAUAUUUUAAAUUAUUUCAUUUAUAAAUGACCAGCAGUUAACAAGAUAUUCAUUUAUGAGUUGGACUUGAAAAUGUUAAAUGCUCCAAUAAUUUCGAUCAUAACGAGAUCAAUGAUCAUUACAUUAAUAAAUAAAGAAGAGCUGAGAUCGA